CACCCAUCAUCCUUCGAGCGAGAAGACAUGCCUCUCGAAGCUUCCGUGGCCGCUGCCUUGGAGGAGAUCGGGAAGGAGCUCGCUCUGAUUCCGACGUCCCCAGAUCUGUCUUUGGGCCGUCAGAAAUACGCCGAUGAGUGCGAAUCUGCCAUCAAUCAACAGAUCAAUGUCGAAUACAAUAAUUCGUACGUCUAUCAUGCCUUGUUCGCUUACUUCGACCGCGACAACGUUGCGCUGAAAGGCCUCGCAAAAUUUUUCAAGGAGUCAAGUGAAGAGGAAAGGGAGCAUGCCGAGAAACUGAUGGAAUACCAAAACAAGCGAGGAGGAAGAGUGAAACUCCAGUCUCUUGUUAUGCCACCGUCUGAAUUCGAUCAUCCCGAGAAGGGAGAAGCAUUGCAUGCCAUGGAAUUGACUUUGGCUCUUGAGAAGUUGACGAACGAGAAGUUGAUCCAGCUACACAAUAUUGCUGAAAAUUGCAAAGAUGCUCAACUGGCUGACUUUAUUGAGAGUGAAUUUCUCGAAGAGCAGGUGGAAGCCAUAAAGAAGAUAUCUGAGUACGUUGCUCAGCUGAGAAGGUUAGGGAAAGGACAUGGGGUUUGGCAUUUCGACCAGAUGCUCCUCCAUGAGGGAGAUGUUGUGGCUGCCUAAAGUGUUGAGGUCCUGAUCAGUUACAUCUGUCUCUAGAUGUAGGUUGUCAUUUGCUUCAUUCUGUAUUUGUAAUCUUUGAUGCUGUCGAAAGUAGAGAGCAGAACCAGACGGGGUUUCUGGAGGAAGUAAUAUUUGAUGUAUGACGUCGAGGUCUAGUCUUGAUUGACUAUGAAACUUGGUUCAAGCUUUCG